AGUUGUAACUGUGACUUCUUCUUUUGAGGUACACUUAAUGUUAGAAGUCUCUUAGUCCUAUGAGACUGUGUAGCAGUUUGUCCCUGAGCUCUACCUUUUUUAAAUGAAGCUGGGUCUCUGGGCAGCAUAUUCUGGGCAAGAGAUACAAAAGGUUCCCGGACCUUCUCAACACAGGGAGCCUGCAUAAUGAUGCAAGAGCGGCAACCUCAAAGUACAGAGAAAAGAGGCUGGUGGUCCCUGAGACUCUGGUCUGUGGCUGGGAUUUCCAUUGCACUCCUCAGUGCUUGCUUCAUUGUGAGCUGUGUGGUAACUUACCAUUUUACAUAUGGCAAAACUGGCAAAAGGCUGUCUGAACUACGCUCAUAUCAUUCAAGUCUCACCUGCUUCAGUGAAGGGACAAAGGUGACAGCCUGGGGAUGUUGCCCAGCUUCUUGGAAGUCAUUUGGUUCCAGUUGCUACUUCAUUUCCAGUGAAAAGAACGUUUGGUCCGAGAGUGAGCAGAACUGUGUUGAGAUGGGAGCACAUUUGGUUGUGUUCAACACAGAAGCAGAGCAGAAUUUCAUUGUCCAGCAGCUGAAUAAGUCAUUUUCUUAUUUUCUGGGGCUUUCAGACCCACAAGGUAAUAAUAAUUGGCAAUGGAUUGAUAAGACACCUUUCAAGAAAAAUGUCAGAUUUUGGCAUCCAAAUGAGCCCAAUCAUUCAGCAGAGAAAUGUGCUUCAAUAGUCUUCUGGAAACCUACAGGAUGGGGCUGGAAUGAUGUUAUCUGUGAAACUAGCAGGAAUUCAAUAUAUCACACUGAAAUUGUUGUGCUCCUGGGAUCCAGAAAGUGUUGUCUUUGUCUUCAUGCCACCAUCACCAUAAUGAAGCUGGUGACUAGACACUGGGUACUCCAUCUAGCCAUAACAAGGACAUCUGGAAAAUCACAGUCUGUGAUCUUGUUCAUCAGCAGAAACACCAGCAAGAAAUCAGCUGCUGCUUUGUUUUUACUUCCCACACCUCAUGCUAUUGAAUUUAAUAGGUUCCACAUUUACAUCAAUGACAUAAUUGGAAGAAAGUCUAAAAAAUGUUGUUCAUAGCUUUCCAGACUUUGAAGCACUGGCAGGCACAACAAAGGAGGUGGAAAUGGGUGUGAGUGCUGAUUGGCUACAUCCGGUAUGGUUGUGCUACAGCAUUCUUUAAAUACAUUGUUAUAUUUGGCCUUAACAUCACCAUCCUUAAGUGAGAUGGCCCAUAUUUUUCCUUUUGGUGCUAUCCUAGUUUGGAAUCAGUUUAUGCUAGCUUCAUAGAAUGAGUUACAGUGCUUUUCAUCUUCUGUUCUCUGAAUAAUUUGGUUAAAUUUGUCUGUAAUGUAAGUGUAUAUUUCUUAGAAGUAGUUAAAUUUAUCUGUAAAAUUCUCUGGACUUGCUCCCUAUUUAAGACUACUUCUUUGACCAUAUUUUUCUUUUCUUCUAUGAUUUUGAGACUUAGGAUUUCUAACUCUUGUUAGUUAAUAUAGUAUUUUUUAGACAAUCAUAUAUUUCACAUUAAUUUUUAAUUUGUUGAUUUAAUCUGUGAAUAGUGUAUGUAUAUAAUUUGAAUCUAC